GCCGCACGUAAUCGUAUCGGCCGGAGGCGCACCGUCAUCCCGGGGGGUCUGGACAAAAAGGAUUCUAGCGCCGGACUGAGCACGCAUCGGAAUGGAAGUCGCUCCCCGAUGCACUAUUUAGGUCAGCCUAGGUUUCCGCUCCCGACCGGUGAUCGAUGACUUAACAUCAACAACGGGAAAAUUUGGCCCCGCAGAGCCAGAGAGAGUGAGAGGAAGAGUUGCGCCAUAUUGGAAAAUUUUAGUCCCGAAUCAAACUCUUUCUCGCACACGUUCUGCGAGGUCGCCUCUCGUGCCACACGACGACGAUCACGGCGUGUCACGGUGCGUGAAGGUUGCUUGCUUGGUGCUCAUCCCGAUCAUCCCGUUGACGCUGUAGUGCGGUUUUCGGUGAUCCCUUCGGUCGCACCUUUGCACGCUCACCUGGGCACCGAGGUGCGACGUGUCGGACAGGAAGCGUACGAAAAAUCGGACCGACCCGUCUCACCACCGGACGAACCCUGCCGCUUUUUGGCUAAAAAUAGUGAAACGAGAGAUAUUUUUACCAUCUUACGGUGUGUUAUUGCCGGCGGGAACCGCGUUUGUGUAUGUGUGUCGUGACAAACGGGUGACUCAAAGCUACGCAGUGGUGGUGGAAAUUAUUUACCUGGCCUCGUUCGCAGACGGCAAAUCCUUGAUCUUUCGAAAGCAUUGAAACGACGGGUGGACGGCCCCCGGAUGUGCACACUUGCCGCCAGCAACGCUGGUUCCGGUACGGGCAGAAUGGGGCUCCAAACGCGACAGGGCAGUGCCGGAAGUUGCGAUUCCGAUGGUUUCGACAGUACACCGGCCGCUGCUGCCGCUGCCGCGCUGCAGUGGUACUAUUUGGCCAACUUGGAUCCACUUUCGAGCGAUUCCUUACAGAGCUCGAAGCUGUUCUCCCCGACCGUGUGGGCCGGAAGUACCGUUCCGUUGCGCAGCCUGCCAACAGAGAGUUCGCCCCCGGUGAGAGCCGACCAGGAGCAGGACCGUGAAUCUCCGCUGCCACUGUUUGCCGAUGACAUUGCGGAACUGUGUGAUCAUUUUGUCGAUCUGGGGCUGUUCGGUGGAGGGCCAAACUUCCGAUCGGCACCAGCCCUUGGCACUAGCCCCGGUGCCAACGGUCACUUCAGUCCGGUCCACCAUCAUCAACCGGUUUACGGUGUGCUCCCAAGAAGAGACUCGACUACCGUCAGCUACGGCCGAUGUGUGUCCCCUUCCGGCAAGCAGCCACUGCCACUGACGAGACCACACCAGCCGUACUACCCGUACCAACAUCCGUGUGACGGUGGCCAGGAUCCCGGCUGCCAUCUCCACUCGUAUCACCUUCGCCAUCAUCCGCACCACGAGGCGUACGAACCGCAUCAGCAUCAUCCGGCCGGGUUGGUUCCGGAAUGCCAACGGUCGUCACAGCCGCAGACCGGUACAACCCACCGGUACAACAAGGUCCCGCCGGUGAACUAUCUGUGCCAUUUGUGUUUCAAGAAGGGCCACUACAUCCGCGACUGUCCCCAGGCUCGCCCGAAAGCGGAAGGGAAAACUCCGUACCAGGGAAAGAAACGCUGCUUCGGCGAAUACAAGUGCCCCAAGUGCAAGCGGAAGUGGAUGUCGGGCAACUCGUGGGCAAACCAUGGCCAGGAGUGCAUCAAGUGUCACAUCAACGUGUACCCACACAAGCAGCGCCCUCUGGAAAAACCGGACGGACUCGACGUGUCGGACCAAUCGAAGGUUCACCCGCAGAUGCUGUGCGAAAAGUGCAAAACCCUGGGCUACUACUGCCGAAGAAUACAAUAGUGGCCACCAGGAACAACGAAUGUGUCUGUAUAUAUAUAAUGAUUACGAGACGCCCGAUUUUUUGCCCGAAAAUUGUAUUAUUAUCUUGUGCGCUGGUGCAAUCGAAGCCAAAGUCUAAUCGGGAGGUAACAACAGUUGGACACAAUAGGGAUAUGGGCGAAAGUUGAAUAAAUCGUCUGAUCUUUGGGACACU